AUGUCAAAGGAUGAAAUCGUCGACGCGCUCGCGCUGGCUGACAUGACGGCGCGCACGGGCGAGGGCGAGUUCGAGUUCGAUGUGGAUGAUUUUCACACGCUCGAGGCGUACGUGAAGGAGGGAGCGUUGAUUCCUAGGGGUAGUCCUGUGCGAUACGCGCUGCCUAUGGACUUGGAUCGCAGGGUCUUGAAUUCCUACAGGACCGCGUGGAAAGAUCGCGUGAGCUCCAAGCCCGUGGACGCGGCCGCAUACUUGAGAAAAAUGUUCUCCAUCAUCGAGUCGUAUCACGUCUCGGCGGAGACUGGGAUGGUGGAUUACGAAGGCAUCGCUCUGGACGAUCAGUACGGCGCGUUUGAGGAGGCGACAUGCGAAUUGCGAGCGAUUCGAUUGAAUCAAGGCGAGUUGGCAAACGAAGACGCUCGCAAGGCGUUCCUUUUGAACGUGUACAACGUCGGGGUGAAACACGCGUUCGUAAACGUGGGCGUUCCAAGAAACGCGCGCGAGCGGCUAGCGUUUUACGGAAGCGUCGGGUACAAUAUUGGGGGUAAAUUUUAUUCCUUGGACGAUAUCGAGCACGGACUGCUUCGCGCCAACGCGCCGCAUCCGACUAAGAAGUUUGCGACAAAAUAUUUCAAGGAUGACGGCGCGGCGAAAUACGCGCUCUCCAAGCGUGACGCCAGGAUUCACUUCGCGUUGAACUGCGGAGCGAACGCGUGUCCGCCCAUCAGAGCGUAUUCAGCGAAUAAAAUCGACGCGCAACUCGAUGUAGCAGCCGAAGCCUUUCUCAACGGCACCGUCGCCGUGGACGCUCGCAAGAAUGAAGUGCGCCUGUCGAAAAUCAUGCAGUGGUACGCGCGAGAUUUCGGCGCGGGCGCGACAGAGGUGUUGAGAUUCAUUGCGCCGAGACUGAAAGAUGAAUCCAAGGUGGCGCUGGAGACCGCGCUGACGAGCGGUAAAAUACCGCGAAUCUCGUACGCGGAGUACGACUGGUCGACGGAUGCCUCGGCGCCUCGGCCAUUUUCGCUCGCGCGGUACGCGUCGUAG